AGAAUAGAAUGUACAGUGCAACGGUACAAUGGCGGUCUUGUCGGUAACAGCGAUAUCUUCCAGAUAGCCUUUGGAUGGUCAGGAGAGGCAAAAUUAUAGAGGUUAUUCGGAGAGGGGUCAUUGUAUUCAUAACAAAGAUUACAACUUAUUCGAAAUGCCUCUGGAUUAUAGAAGAUUCAAUGGACCUGAUGAUAGUGUGUCUUAUAAACGUUUCACUAAAGAUUACUUGAAGACAUACGAUGAACUUUACAAGGAGUUACUGGAUGAUAAAGGAGUUCGUAAAGACGGGCGCGCGUUAUCUGAAGCGCGUAGCAUGUGUAUGUUUUUUGCUAGAACGGACAUGGUAUCACAGGCGAAGGGAUCAGCUUACGUCGAGUUAAGGAAAACAAAAGUUGUUUGCUCUGUUUUUGAUCCGAGAGAGAUUCCUCAUCAGAAUGAGUUCAGUCAACUUGGUCAAAUAUUUUGUGAGGUGAAAUUCGCGCCAUUUUCGUGUCCCCGCCGGCGCCGGCCUCACGCGCCUGAUGCUGAGGAGAAAGCUUUAUCAGUGGCGUUGAGGAAAGCUUUAGAGCCAACUGUGUGCAGACAUCUGUUUCCUAACUACCAGGUUGAUGUCUUCAUCUACAUUCUAGAACAUGAUGGAGCAUGUUUAUCAGCAGCCAUCAACGCAGCAGGCUUAGCUCUAGCAGAUGCCGCAGUACCCAUGUAUGAUAUUAUUACAGCAUGUUCCGUAGCCAUUGUUGGCGACAGGCUCUUUGUAGACCCCACCGAGGCCGAAGAACACGUAGCAACAAUCAGCCCAGAGACAAAUUCUAAUCAUGGAGUUAUAACAAUGUCAAUGUUGUCAGAGUUAAAACAGAUAUCAGACUUUGCACUAGUAGGGUCUUUGGAUACAGAAUGUGUGAACACAGCAAUGGAUAUUUUAGAGAAAGAAUGUGAAUCACUUGUACCGCAGAUGCAAAAAGUUCUUGUUACGAAUAUUGUGAAGAGUUUUGAACAAAGGCAGAGGUUAGAAGAGGAGGCAAAUGAGAGGGAACAGGCUUUAAACAUCAAGAUGGAGGAAUGGAGAAAAUUAUUAAAUGCUGGAUGAGAAUUAA